AUGGCUGCCAAAGACAAAGGCGAAACAGCUCUAAACAUGACUCCUGCCGAACUCAAAUUAAUCGCCUUGGGAACCCGUUUCUCUGAGGGGGGAAAGAUCAACUAUGAGCAAGUGGCGAAAUACGGGGGUUAUACCAAGGGUUCCGCGCAGGUCAUGUAUCGCAAGGCGCUUCGCAAGCUCACCGACGCCUUCCCCAUUGAAGAAGACCGUACUUCUGCUUUUGACAACGCCGCAAAUGACCCUGCCACCCCAUCAGCCAAGGCGAAAACUCCAAACACCCCUAAAAGCCGUACCAGCGGCAGAAAGCGCAAGGAUGUUGUCACCCCUCAGACCCCAUUGACUCCUGGCAAUGACAUUGUCUACGAAAUCGGAGAUAUCGAACUGGAUACCCCUACCAAAAAGCCCAAAAAGGCCACCGGCAAGCAGGCUACAUCCCCCCUCCUUACCUCGAAAACCGACUAUAAUGACGCUUUCUUGAAGGAUGAGCCUUUGUUUGAGCCUGUUUUCAAGAUGGAGUAA